AUGAAGGAGUGUCAGACAGCGUUGGUGUGGAACGAACUGGAGGCACCUUGUUUUGGAACACAAGAGUCGAGCAAGAGCUAUUUGUGCCGGUCGGCGUUGGACCUUCUGCCGUGUUUUCCGUCUGAGCUACCUACGGUGCAGUGUGCCGGCGCUUCUGAAAUUAUCGUCAAAGAACUGCAACGGUUGGAGUUAAACAUCAAAGACCGUUCGGUCGCAGUUGAAUCUCACUGGUCCUUCGACAAAUGUCAGCAGUCGAAACUCGGUGAGAAAGUGUGGACGCAAUUUCCAUACCCAUUGUCGGGCGGGUGA